GACAAGUGCUGCGACUGCUGCAUGUGCUUCUGCUGCUGCAUCGACCUUGGCUAGUUGAAGAUGGCAGGGAAGGCGUGGAGGUCAACGAUUCUUAAUCUACUAAGACAGUGGGGUUUAUCGUUCAAUGGCAAGGAUAAAAUCGAGGCUCAGGAAGUGUCGCGGGUGGUUGGAGCUUUGAAGAAAGGAACUCUACAACCCAGGACUUUCAUCCGUGGAAUACAAACUGUCACUUUAAUCCCUGGUGAUGGAAUUGGUCCAGAGAUCUCCACUGCCGUCAUGAAGAUCUUUGAAGCAGCUAAAGCACCUAUUCAGUGGGAAGAGAGAAAUGUUACAGCCAUCCAAGGACCUGGUGGCAAAUGGAUGAUCCCUCCUGAUUGCAAAGAAUCGAUGGACAGGACCAAAAUUGGCCUAAAAGGUCCUCUGAAGACACCAAUAGCUGCUGGUCAUCCCUCUAUGAAUCUGCUGCUGAGGAAAACCUUUGACCUCUAUGCCAAUGUGCGCCCCUGCGUGUCCAUUGAGGGCUACAAGACCCCCUACACUGAUGUGAACCUGGUCACCAUCAGAGAGAACACUGAGGGAGAAUACAGUGGGAUUGAACAUGUGAUUGUUGAAGGAGUUGUACAGAGUAUUAAGCUCAUUACAGAGCAAGCCAGCGAACGCAUCGCAGAGUAUGCUUUUGAAUAUGCCAGAAAUAAUCAGAGGGCCAGUGUUACUGCUGUUCAUAAGGCCAAUAUUAUGCGCAUGUCAGAUGGGCUUUUCCUACGAAAAUGCAGAGAGGCUGCUGAAAAGCACAAAGACGUGAAAUUCACGGAGAUGUACUUGGAUACUGUUUGCCUUAAUAUGGUACAGGAUCCCACACAGUUCGAUGUAUUAGUGAUGCCAAAUUUGUAUGGAGACAUCUUGAGUGAUCUUUGUGCUGGAUUAAUUGGAGGUCUUGGAGUGACUCCUAGUGGAAACAUUGGCGCCAAUGGUGUUGCCAUAUUUGAGUCGGUUCAUGGAACUGCCCCAGAUAUAGCAGGAAAAGACAUGGCCAACCCCACCGCCUUGCUGCUCAGUGCAGUCAUGAUGCUGCGGCACAUGGGCCUGCAUGGCCACGCCAAGAAGAUUGAAACUGCCUGCUUUGACCUCAUUCGAGAUAAAAAGGUUCUAACAAAAGACCUGGGAGGAAACUCAAGGUGCUCAGAAUUCACAGAAGCAAUAUGUCAACGAGUGCGGGAUCUGGACUAAAAUGACGCUAAUAAGACCGCAAGUUAAUUAUUAGCGUGUCUUUAUGGCACCAUGUCAUGUUGUAUCUGCACAUUUUAAACCAUAUUAUGUAUUUUAAAAAUAUUCAGGAGUUAGAGAUCCUGAAUGUUUUAUCAUUCUCUGUGCACUCUGUACACUUUCUUAAAACCAACAGUUUCUGUAAUGUAGGUAUUGUAUAUGUGGUGGAUAUUGUCUAUUUAUUGGCUUCAUUUGGCCUCUUGUCUAAUGUAAUUGGCACUGUUAUUUCACAUAAAAGACACAUUCUGUAAAGUCCAUGAUCAAUUGAGAAACACUGAAAACUAUUCAAUCAUUUGUGUCGAUAUAUUUCACACAGCUUUAAUGUAUCCAAACAUAAUCAGGCUUCUGUAACAUGAAACGUGCAGAUGUUUUGCACUAAGUCUUUUCUGGCAUUCUGUUUUCUUGCUGCAAAUAUCAUGAAUGUUUAAAGAAAUUAAAAAUGAAUGUUACAAUGA